AUGAAGUUCGGAGAGCAUUUGCGCAAGGCGCUCAUCAAGAACUAUUCUUUCUAUUACAUCGAUUACGAUGACCUCAAGCACCAGUUGAAAAAACGCUUGAAGGAGAACGACUACGAAUGGACUGAUGAGUUCGAGGAGGAGUUCGUUGCAGCUUUGGAAGCGGAGCUCGAUAAGGUGUACCUGUUCACGAAAGUGAAAAACACAGAGGUCAAUCGCCGUAUCGAGCAGGCUGAGAAGUACGUUCACGAGGUUGUGGAUGCUUUGCAGAACCCAGAUACCAAGACAAAGAAGCCUCUGGAGCAGGACUUUGAGGACUUGGAGGAGGAUCUCUCCGACAUUAUCGCCGAUGUUCACGACUUGGCCAAGUUCACUCGUCUCAAUUACACUGGUUUCCAGAAGAUCUUGAAGAAGCACGACAAGACCACCGGCUACAGCUUGAAGCCUAUCUUUCAGGUGCGUUUGAACGCUAAGCCAUUCUACAAGGACAACUACGAUAACUUGAUUGUCAAGUUGUCGAAAUUGUACGACUUGGUGAGAACCAGGGGUAACCCCGUCAAGGGUGACGCGUCCGCUGGUGGCUCCCAGCAGAACUUCGUGAGACAGACCACCAAGUACUGGGUCCACCCAGACAACAUCACCGAGUUGAAGUUGAUCAUCUUGAAGCACUUGCCUGUUUUGGUUUUCAACGCCGAGAAGGAGUUUGAGCCCGAGGAUUCGGCCAUCACGUCCAUCUACUUCGACAACAAGGACAUGGAUUUGUACUACGGCCGUUUGCGUAAGGAUGAAGGUGCAGAGGCCAUUCGUUUGCGUUGGUACGGUGGCAUGAAGAGUGACCAGAUUUUCGUGGAGAGAAAGACCCACAGAGAGGACUGGACCGGUGAAAAGUCUGUGAAGGCCCGUUUUGCCUUGAAGGAGAAGAAAGUGAAUGCUUUCCUCAAGGGUGAGUACACAGCUACCCAGGCGUUUGAAAAGAUGAGAAACGAUGGCAAGAAGUCGUUAAAGGAAAUCAACAACUUGGAGCUGCUUGCUAAGGAAGUGCAAUACUCCGUCUUGAAGCACAAGUAUAGACCCGUGAUGCGUUCCUUUUAUAACAGAACUGCCUUCCAGCUUCCCGGCGAUGCUCGUGUUCGUAUCUCUCUCGACACUGAGUUAUCCAUGGUCCGUGAAGAUAACUUUGACGGCUACGACAGAACGCAUGGCAACUGGAGAAGAAUGGAUAUCGGCGUGGACUGGCCAUUCUCUCAGCUUCCGGAAAGAGAUAUUUGCAGAUUCCCUUACGCCGUCUUGGAGGUCAAGUUGCAGACACAAAUGGGCCAGGAGCCUCCAAUUUGGGUCAGAGAUUUGGUUGCCAGUCAUUUGGUCGAGGCAGUUCCAAAAUACUCCAAGUUCAUCCAUGGUGGUGCUUCUUUGUUGACCGACAGAGUGAACUUGCUUCCGUUCUGGUGGCCACAGAUGGAUGUGGACAUCCGUAAGCCUCGUAUCCAACAAGGCUACGGUAUCUCCAGACAGCAGCAAAAGCCAAAGUCUUCGUCAUCUGGUGGUGAGUUGGACGAGGAAGAGAUGUUGCUGGAAGAACUUAAUCAGCACUCCUCAGUUCACUUCUCCAACGACGUCAACCCAUUGGAAGAGGACUUGGACGAGAACUCGCCUUUGCUCUUGCCUUCAAGUUACACGGCAAGAGACAACUCCACGGUAUCCAACUUUUUCCGUUUCCUUUGGGCCAAGUUCUUGCAUGUCUUCAACGACGACAGAUCAUUUACUAUCAAGCCAGGCACUGACUUCGACAUCAAUUCUACGUUUGCAUCUAGAUUACCCAAGGGCAAAAAGAUUUGUGUACCCAUCAGAAUUGAACCCAAAGUCUACUUUGCUGCCGAAAGAACCUUUUUGGCCUGGUUAUCCAUUGGAAUGAUCCUUGGUGCCACUGCAACUGCUUUACUCAAUUUUGGUGACAAGUCAUCCAUAGUGGCAGCUGUUGGAUUUUUCAUCACUGCAUUGUUCACCUUGACCUACUCCAUCAUCAAGUACAUUGGCAGAACCAUUGCUAUCAGAGAGAAGAAGAUUGCCCAAUACUCCGACAAGUUCGGCCCUAAUAUGAUCUGUUUCUUCAUCUUUGCGGCAACUUUCUUCACUUUUUUCUUCAAGUUUACGGAGGCCUAA